AUGGAACCACCUCUGCACCAGAGAAAUCAUGCAGUACGAGGGUGGCGUAAUAUCGCCGCUCUUUGGCGAGACAAGAAACUCACCGAUUGCCUCGUCACAGUAGAAAACGUCGCAUUCCCUUGUCAUUCGGUAAUACUCGCCAGUCAGUCAAAACAUUUGAAGAAAAUUCUUCUGUCGACGGAGAAAAACUUGCAGAACGCGAAUUCGAUGCAGCGAAAGGAAAUCAAGCUCGAUUUUUUGACGGCGGACUUGUUCAAAAUUAUUCUUGAUUUUAUUUAUUACGGAGAAAUCACGCUACGGAGGGAUCAGCUGCUGCCUCUUCUUUUGAUCGGAUCAAAAAUGGAAAUAGAAGGUCUCAUCGAGCACUUGCUUAGCGGAGUUUUGAUGGAGACAUACAAAAAGAUCGACAAAGAGUGGUUUACGCUGAUAGGAAUCCUCGAGUAUUUCCGAGAAAAAGAAGAGCAUGAAACAGUUAACACGAUCAUCGCCUUUCUUUGCCGACAUUUCAGAUGUUUGAAGCUCCAGCCGAAUCUUUCAAAGUUUCAUGCUGGUUGUUUUGUGGCCCUUCUAUCAAAAGAUGAAAUAGAAGUCGAUGAGCGAGAAAUAUUCGAUACAUUCGCAGCUUGGGUCGAAGUAGCGGGCAAAAACUCUGAGCAUAUUCCUAUUCUGCUUUCUAAAAUACGCCUCGAGAAUCUGACGCUGGAGGAACUUUCCAAAAUCGUUGAACAAAAACCUUGGCUGGUCGAAAAUGAGUACUGCCAAAAACUGAUACUGACCGCGUACAAACACAAAGCUAUAAAUGGAAAGAAGCAAGUUUUAUUCAGCGAGGACGGCAUUCGUUACAAAAGAUCGGAGCUUCUCAACCGCGGCAAUCCACCACCUGAAAAAGUUCCUCCGCUGCUUCCUCCGGACGAAAAAGAAAAGUUUGCUGAAGAAACAAAGAUCGAGCUCUCCUCUUCUUCGCUGAAUACGUCGAUCGUGUCGGAGAACGGGGACCAUUUCCGGACAGCGUCGCCACGUUCCGGAGAAAUGAUGCUCUUCGGCGGCAGGAAUCUCAAAAAGCUCAACGCGAACAAUGUCAUUUAUAAAUUCAGCGAGCAUAACGAUCACUGGGAACACUUCAGCGAGUUUCCGUCAGACUUGAUGGCUUUCCAAGUUGUCAAGCUGGGCGAGUAUUGCUAUGUGAUUGGCGGUUGCCGGGCUUCGCGCGAAGAUAGUAAUUACUCUGGCGAUUACGAAGAUUCAAGAGCUCCGGAAGUCAACGUCUCGUCGAAAACCUACAGAUACGAUGUAAACGAGGACGAAUGGACAACCUUGGAAAACAUGCCAAUUGGGCGAUACAACCACUCUUGCGUUCUUUACCAAAAGAAGAUAAUUGUUAUCGGCGGCCAAGAUGGCCAUAACAAGCUCGUCAAGCCCGUCCAGAUGUUCGACCCGGAAAACAACUCCUGGUCGACGAUUGGAGAAAUGAAGUGGUCGAGAAUUCACUUCGCGUGCUCGCUUUAUCUCGAUUCGAUUUGGCUAAUUGGAGGGAUCAAGAAAAUCGACGUUGGACCGAUUAGUGUCGUGGAAAGUUUCAACUUGGAGACGGAGGAGUGGCAUCGCCAGCCGCCACUGCCCUUUCCGGUCAUGAAUUCCGCCGCAGUAGCUUGGCGCGAUCAGCUGUUUAAUAUUGGUGGUCGCGAAAGGUUGCCGAAUAGCGAGUACGUAUCAACAGACAAGAUAUCGAUGUACAAAGCAAUGGACAAUAUUUGGCAAGUGAUAGUUAAAAUAUCCGUCCCUCGGCACAACUUGAGCGCUGUAAUUGCUAACGAGCGAAUAUACAUUCUCGGCGGCGAGCAACGAAUUUCAUACGAGACUGGGUCAGUCGGAAUCAUUUCGGUCGAAUGCUUCGACCUAGAAAGCGAGCGGCUUCUUUCUCCAAUUCCACCUCUGUCCAGGGCUAAAUCAAGGUCACCCCGCUCAAAACACCUGUCAAAGAAUUUUUUGAGCAGUUCGAGGAAAAAACUCAGUGGCCUCGUUUGA